AUGUCUGGAAAUGAGCAAAAGAUCCAAUCGCUUCCGUCCGAAGUGGUAGCGAAGCUCAAGUCGUCCACGUCCAUCACGCACUUAAACGGCGUGGUUGUUGAACUAGUGAAGAAUGCCCUGGAUGCAAAUGCCCAUACCGUCUACGUGACCAUUGACUUCCAACGGGGCGGUUGUGUGGUAGAUGAUGAUGGGGAUGGAAUACCACCGACCGAGUUUGAAUCCGACGGAGGCCUGGGGAAGCCGUACCAUACCUCAAGGUUCAAUUCGGAACGGGAAGUGUAUGGCCGACGGGGCUCUUUCUUGGCUUCGUUGGCCUCUCUGUCGUUGCUUACCAUUACAUCUCAUCAUGUCCACUAUCCAAGCAAAAGCACGGUAAUAUUUCACCACUCCACGCCGGUUGCUCGGCUGGUCCCUGCCCCAGCCUCGCGAGGGCUGAGGUUUAGCCCCCAUGGGACCAGCAUCACUGUGAACGAUCUUUUUGGAAAUAUGCCUGUGCGCGUGAAAAAUCGAGCGCUGGCUUUCCAGAAGUCUGACGAACUAGAUCGUCAGUGGGAUGAACUCAGGCAGCUUCUAGUCUCGUUAAUGUUGGCAAAUGACCGUCUUGCAAAGCUAGUGAUAUCUGAUGCCAGUCGGGAGAAGAAGGUCAUCAUUCGUCCACGCAAUCAGAGCCAGUCAGCGGAGGGUGCGUUAGAUUUGCAGCGCAUAAGCUCCGUCCUUGCGCAGGCUGGUUUAGCCGAAUUUCAGAAUACUCAGUGCUGGAACGCCGUUUCCGCUACUCUUCCUGACCUCUCGAUCCAUGCUGCCAUUUCCCUUAAGCCAAGCCCUACAAAAAAGGUUCAGUUCAUCUCAGUGGGGAUGAACCCAAUCUAUGCACGUAACAGUACGAAUCUGCUGUACAGUGAGACCAACAGUCUAUUCUCUUCAUCUGACUUUGGUGCCAUGGGAGGCCCUCCGGAACGAUCUUUGCGUGGAGGUCUAGCCGAACCUCCUAGUGAUCAUACCGGUACCAGAUUCAACCCGAUGACUAAACUUGUGAAUAAGUGGCCGAUGUUCUAUAUACGUAUAGAUGCCAAUGCUCAAGAAAUAAAUGAUGGCGAGGAUGUUCCGGAGUCUGACAAAUCUAUCCAACGCAUCAUGGACGUGCUUGCGGCUAUGAUGAAUGAAUUUUUGAAACAGCACGGUCUUCGUCCACGUGCUAGGAAAAGAAAAAGGACAAUGAAUCAGGCACAAUGGACUGCCCAAGGUACGAGCAAACCAACGAUUGCAGCGGGCCAUACAGACAAUGCCAGUACCGAAGAAACGCUCAAUAGCCGUGUGAAGCUGCCCGAAUUUCAUAUCCCCGCACGCAAUGUCGAGGAUUUAGGGAAUUGGUCUAAAGCCAAGAGUGCCAGAGACUCUUUCAAGGCACCUCCAAGAAGACGAACUCCAAGCUCUAAUCCCGAUCGCGCCUCGAAAAUGGCCAACAACGAACCGACUACAAAGGAACCUGCUCAAGUUCCUUCGGUGACGAUAUCAAUGGCCACUGAAGAUUCGAGGCCUGUAGAACCGCCACAAGUUGGAAAUGACAACCCUCCUUUGGUUUUCCAUGGGAAAGAUGAGUCGACGGCCGAUCGAAUAGUGUCCUGGAUUGAUCCAUAUACUAGAAAAAGCCACUUAAUCAACUCCCGGACUGGGCAAUCAGUUAGCGAGAUGCCACACAUUAUUUCCAACCAGGCAAAUCAGAGACCUCGAUCGACAGGAUGCAUUCAGACUGUGCGGACCUUGAAGCUUGGAAAUCGUCCGAAGUCAGCGGUGACUGCUAAAGCUCAAAACUUCUGGGUUAGCAACCUUUUGGAUCAUUGGGAAAAUCCUGCUUUCGCCCGCUCCGAGCAGCCCAUACAUGCUAUCGAUUCAGGUCACAGCAAUGUGACCGAAGCUGUGGAAACCAGAUCCCGCGAUACGUCAAGUGAGUUGUGUGGGUUCGAAACCUUUGGAAUAUCGAAGUUCCGAGGCAAAUUACUCAAGCAAGACCUUCAAAAGGCAGAGGUUAUCGCCCAAGUCGAUCAUAAGUUCGUCUUAGCAAGACUUAAUGUCACCUCUGCUCACGAAACAGAGGGCUUCGUGACUACAUUGGUUCUUAUCGACCAGCAUGCGGCAGAUGAGCGCUGCCGUGUCGAGGCUCUUUUCGAGGAGUUAUUUACGCCGUCACCGGAUGAUUUCAGGCGUAUCCAGACCAUCACAUUGGACCCGUUGGUGUUCGAGAUACCUUCCAUAGAAAAACCUCUUUUUGGGCGGUACCGGGACUUUUUUGGAUCGUGGGGUAUUGAAUACACUGUUGAACAGAAACCCACGGAGCGAUCUGCAUUCAUCUUCGUACACAGGGUCCCUUUGCUUAUCGCCGAGCGAUGCCGGAUGGAGCCGAUUCUGGUUAUUGAACUGAUUCGCGGCGAGCUUUGGGGCCGCGAGGAAACGAGGAGGCGGCCGGAUCACGCAGACGAAGACAAGGGAUGGGUAGGCCGACUCAAGGGAUGUCCCCAAGGGCUGAUUGACCUGCUGAAUUCACGAGCGUGUCGAACGGCGAUCAUGUUCAACGACGAGCUCACGGCCGGGGAAUGUCAGCAUCUGGUAAACCGGUUGGCUCAAUGCGUGUUCCCAUUCCAGUGUGCGCACGGACGGCCAUCAAUGAUCCCCAUCGUUGAUAUGAUCGAUGGAUUGGAUGGCGAUGAGGAACAAGGUGAAGAUCUAAGUGAACUUGGGCUCGUGGAGGCGUUUCAAAACUGGCAGUCUCGCUGA